AUGCACCCCAGAAGCUAGUUAAUUCUUCAGAGCUCCGACGAAGAGUCGGCCGCGCGGGACGGCUUCGAAGGAGACAACAUUUCGGCCAAUGCUACCAACUCUGGAUUCCCAUCUAUUUGGGUUUUCACACUGGCUGACGUGAGCUACUCUGACCCCUGGCGACUAGCUUUCAGCUCAACCUUGGCCAUCAAUUGGCAAACAAUACAUGUCUGAAUGAAUUGACCCCUCACUUUGCCCCGCCAUGUAAAUCCGUUUGCUAUAAAUCCGGUUGCCCCGCCUUCGACACUAGGAAGAUUGGCCACCCACCGAGAUAUCGCGACCUUUAAAAUUCUCGACGUGAGGGGUGUUUUGCAGAAUACAGAGACAGACAUCUUAUUCCCCAGCAAUUCUUUGAUACCAAUAGUCGUUCCAAAAAUGUCCACCAAGCUCCACCAAGCGCCCCCUUUCAGGGCAGAGCACAUGGGCUCUCUCCUUCGCCCUCAGAAGCUCCUCGAUAUCCGCGAAGGCAAGAUCCGCGAUCAGGGUUUGUCCGAGGAGGAAGCCGGUCUUCCCGCCGUCGAGAAGGAGUCUGUCGCUGAGGUCGUUCAGCUCCAGCGCGAUCUGGGCAUCAAAGGUGUCACUUCGGGCGAGUUCAACCGCACUCGUUUCUGGGGUCUCAUGUGGGAUGAGUUCGAGGGCUCUACCCGCUUGCAAGAUGCCGAGGCCAGCAUGUUCCGGUUGUACCACCCCGAUGUGGUGAGCCUCAUUGAGAAGGACCGCAAGGUCAUGCCCGGCGACUCCGUCAUCGCCGGCGGAAAGCUGUCUCACUCGCCCUCAAAGUCCAAGUCGAACUUGCACGAGCUGCGUUUGGUGCAGGCUGCCCUGCCGAAAGAGGAGUGGAAGGGCAUCAAGUUGACCAUGAUCACGCCGGCUUGGUUCCACAUGCGCUACAAGCAGGGCAGAGCAUACACCAAGGAGGCGUACGCCAACGAUGCUGAGUACUUCAAGGAUGUUGCCAAGGUUUACCAGGCCGAACUCCAGCAGCUCUACGACGCUGGCUUGCGCAACGUUCAAUUUGACGACCCCGGCAUGGCUUACUUCUGCUCGCAACAGUUCCGCAAGGGCUGGGAGGAGGACAAGGACAACGAAGGCACCGUCGAAGACCUUCUUGAUGCCUACAUUGCUCUGUAUAACGACACAGUCAGCAAGCUUCCCGAAGACAUGCACACCGGUAUCCACCUGUGCCGCGGCAACUUCAUCGGGGGCCGCCACUUCGCCGAGGGUUCUUACGACAUCAUCGCGAAGAAGCUCUUCCAGAACCUCAAUGUCAACACGUUCUACCUCGAGUACGAUACCGAGCGCGCCGGCGGUUUCGAGCCCCUCCAGUUUCUCCCCAAGAACAAGAACGUUGUGGUGGGUAUCAUUAGCACCAAGAUCCCCAAGCUCGAAGAUAAGGAGGAGAUGAAGGCCCGCGUUCUCAAGGCUGCGGAGUACGUCGCCAAGGGAAGCGGUGAGACCAAGGAGGAGGCGCUCAAGCGUAUCUGCGUGUCUCCCCAGUGCGGUUUCAGCACGCAUGAGAGCGGAUACCCGUUGAGUUUGGAGGACGAAAUGAGCAAGCUUUCUUUGAUUAGAAAGAUUGCUGACGAGAUUUGGGGCGAGGCGUAAAGAGAUAUCCGUAGGUGCAUAUGAGAGGCAUGAAGGCCAGAGUGGCGGUGUAACAUUCAACAUGACAGGCUCGAGGGAGAGCGGGUGUAGAUUACUUACUGCAAGCGUGUCUAAAGAUGUAUGGUCUUUUUUCUUUCAACCUAGUCUUAGGAAUCCAAUGUCUUUGGUGACAAAAUAUUUAAAAUGAUGUUGGUCUAAAGUCGCUAUCGAGUUCAAUUCUGCG